UGGAAGUCCUUCUUCGGCUACCAUUAAUGGUUCCAUGGCCAGUCGCUGGUAAAUCCCUCUGCCUUCACUUUCUGACCAGGAAGCUCGAUAUGGACCCAUCGUCAUGGUGAUUGUCACCGGAGCCCCCCCCUCGCUUGGACGAGUCACAAAGCCAGCGCCAUGGCGACAGAACCACAGAUGCUAGAGACAUGGAGCUGAAACGAGGGACGCAACCACACACACACACACACACACACACACACACACACACACCCACAUACAUACACACACACACAUACACACACACACACACACACACACACAUAUAGACAAGAGACACUAUUCCUAAUUCAGCUCACUGGACAUCACACUCUGUCUGUGAUACAUUCUUUUCCUCCAUCGCUUUCUUUCAGUUCCUCCUGCUCCUCCCUCCUGACUCCAUCAGUCCCAGGAAAAAAAGACGACCUGGUGAUGGAUCAAGACAAGCAACAGACACGACAGAGGAUGAGAAGAUCACUGCUGAGGGAUUUCUGCAUCCUGUCCCAGUGCCUCCCCUGUGUAAAUGAAACAGAAGACGUUACGGUUGGAGAAGUGGAUCAGUGGUGUGAUAAUGAAGUUUGGGUUCUGGAGUUUGAGGAACUUCCUGUGUGCUGCCAAUCUGCUGCAUCUGGUGGUGGGUGUGUCCCUCAUGGUGGUAGCUGGUUAUGGGAAGAGUUAUGGUGCAGUGUGGAGUUUGAGGAUCAUCAGUGUGAUGAUGGUGGUUGGAGUCUUCCUCAUCUUCAUCUCCAUGCUGGGGAUCGCUGGAGCACUGAGACAAAACCAAUUUAUCCUGUUCACUUACAUAGCAGUGAUGAUGUUAAUGUUUAUAUUCCAUUUCACUACGUCAUGUUUCUGCCUUGCUUUAGGGAGAGAUAAGCAGGAGAGGUUACUCAGCUCGACAUGGGAGAUAAUGAGUAAUGAAACACGGAGGUCUCUGGAGCAACAGCUGGAUUGUUGUGGUUUAAUAAACAGCGCUGAAAAGCAGCAGGAUUUCCUUAAAGAUGUGAACCACUGCACUGCUGUGUGCAAAACAGCAGCAGCUUGGUGCUUUACGUGUGGAGAUGUGAUGCUGCAGCGUGCUACAGAGAUCCUCCGUGUGCUGGGAGGAGUUGGACUGUUCUGCAGUUUCUCACAGCUUGUGACCGUGUGGUUGACUGUUCAAUACAGGAACCAGAGGAACCCUGAGCUCAUUUCCAGAAGCUCCUUAUGACCUCCAAAUCUCAUCAUCAUUAUCAUUUUCAUUUCUGGAGACUAAUUUGAUGAAUGUGUACAUUUCUGUUGUAUAAAGUUUGUUCAGGUGUGUAAAUCAGGUGAGAUCGGGGGUGUAAGUCAGGUGAGAUUGGGUGUGUAAGUCAGGUGAGAUCGGGAGUGUAAGUCAGGUGAGAUCGGGUGUGUAAGUCAGGUGAGAUCGGGUGUGUAAGUCAGGUGAGAUCGGAUGUCACUUUUGUUACAUUUUACUUUCUUUUAAAAUAAUUUUCCUUCAUUUAUCAUUAUUAUUCUUACAGUAGAUUGUUUUCAUUAUAAUACGUAUUAAAACUUUAGAUUUCACCUGUCUGUAUAAAUGUGCCUUUAAUUAAUAAAUAUAAUAAUAUAAGAAAAUAUUCAGACUUGCUUUAUAAUCAUUACCGAGCUGAAUUACAGCAUGAAGGAGAAGAGGUAUGCUAACGCUAACUCAAAAAGGGAUGAAAGGGGUGUGGCUUCCACAGUGAGAAGAUACCUGGGUGGGCAUGUGCUGAGGAGCAUGGCUUCUAAAGACACAGUGCAAACUGACAAGAUAAAGCUUUGACUCAACAAAUGGUCUCCUGUAAAUCACAUGCAGUCCCACAGGAUCACCUGUAAUCACUCGAGAUCACCUGUAACCACCCAGGAUCUCUAAUCACUCAAGAUCACCUGUAGUGACCAGCAGUAAUACUGUGUUCCAGUGACUACUCACUUGUGUAGUGUGUAUUUGCUGAGUGCAGU